UUUAAUCUAUUUAAUCCUUAGAUUUUAGUGACCAACUUGGAUUUCCACGAUGAGCAGAAACGCCGGAACCUCAAUGGGACCCUUCACGAGCUCCUCCGGAUGAACAUCGUCCCCAUUGUCAACACAAAUGAUGCUGUUGUCCCCCCAGCUGAACCCAACAGUGAUCUCCAGGGGGUAAAUGUUAUUAGUGUUAAAGAUAAUGAUAGCCUGGCUGCCCGCCUGGCUGUGGAAAUGAAAACUGACCUGUUGAUUGUUCUUUCAGAUGUAGAAGGCCUCUUUGACAGCCCCCCAGGGUCAGAUGAUGCAAAGCUCAUUGAUAUAUUUUAUCCUGGAGACCAGCAGUCUGUGACAUUUGGAACCAAGUCUAGAGUAGGGAUGGGCGGCAUGGAAGCCAAGGUGAAAGCAGCCCUCUGGGCUUUGCAAGGUGGCACUUCUGUUGUUAUUGCCAAUGGAACCCACCCAAAGGUGUCUGGACAUGUCAUCACAGACAUCGUGGAGGGAAAGAAAGUUGGCACCUUUUUUUCAGAAGUAAAGCCUGCAGGCCCGACUGUUGAGCAGCAGGGCGAAAUGGCUCGAUCUGGAGGAAGGACGUUGGCCACAUUAGAACCUGAGCAGAGAGCAGAAAUUAUCCACCAUCUGGCAGAUCUGUUGACAGACCAGCGGGAUGAGAUCCUGUUGGCCAACAAAAAAGACCUAGAGGAGGCAGAGGGGAGACUUGCAGCCCCUCUGCUAAAGCGUCUAAGCCUCUCCACAUCUAAACUGAACAGCCUGGCCAUCGGACUACGGCAGAUCGCAGCUUCCUCGCAGGACAGUGUGGGACGUGUUUUACGCAGGACCCGAAUUGCCAAAAACCUGGAACUAGAGCAAGUGACAGUCCCAAUUGGUGUUCUACUGGUGAUCUUUGAAUCUCGCCCCGACUGUCUACCCCAGGUGGCAGCCUUGGCUAUUGCAAGUGGUAAUGGCUUAUUACUCAAAGGAGGAAAGGAGGCUGCACACAGCAACCGGAUUCUCCACCUCCUGACGCAGGAGGCCCUCUCAAUCCAUGGAGUCAAAGAGGCCGUACAGCUGGUGAAUACCAGAGAAGAAGUUGAAGAUCUUUGCCGCCUAGACAAAUUGAUAGAUCUGAUCAUUCCACGUGGCUCUUCCCAGCUGGUCAGAGACAUUCAGAAAGCUGCCAAGGGGAUACCAGUGAUGGGACACAGUGAAGGGAUCUGCCACCUGUAUGUGGAUUCAGAGGCCAGUGUGGAUAAGGUCACAAGACUGGUCAGAGACUCUAAAUGUGAAUACCCAGCCGCCUGUAAUGCUUUGGAGACUUUGUUAAUCCACCGGGAUCUGCUGAGAACACCGUUAUUUGACCAGAUCAUUGACAUGCUAAGAGUGGAACAGGUGAAAAUUCAUGCAGGGCCCAAGUUUGCCUCCUAUCUGACCUUUAGUCCUUCAGAAGUGAAGUCACUUCGAACAGAGUAUGGGGACCUGGAAUUGUGCAUUGAAGUGGUGGACAGCGUCCAGGAAGCCAUUGACCACAUCCACAAGUAUGGCAGCUCCCACACGGAUGUCAUCGUCACAGAGAAUGAAAAUACAGCAGAGUUCUUCCUCCAGCAUGUAGAUAGUGCCUGUGUGUUCUGGAAUGCCAGCACCCGCUUCUCUGAUGGCUACCGUUUUGGACUAGGAGCUGAAGUGGGAAUCAGCACGUCACGAAUCCAUGCCCGAGGACCAGUAGGCCUUGAAGGACUCCUUACUACUAAGUGGCUUCUUCGAGGGCAAGACCACGUGGUCUCAGACUUCUCAGAGCAUGGCAGUUUGAAGUAUCUUCACGAGAACCUCCCUGUUCCCCAGAGAAACACCAACUGAAAAGAUCCAAGAAACCAGGAAUAGUCCAAGAAGUCGUCACAGUUCCUCCAGCCUUAAGAAUCUCUAUGGAGAAGCCGGAUCCUGUCUCCCGUUCCCUAGAAGGGUCUGCCAUUGGAAAGUGCACCUAGAUGCUUCUGGGCUCAGUUGGGACUCUCGGUCUUGGCUAAUGUUCAUGUUUCCAUCCCACUCCUUCACUAAGGAAAUAACUGCUACAGAUAAGGACUUGGCUCUGCCUAGUCUAGCUCCCUUCAGUGAUAGAAGCAGAGGUGCAGUUUCCCCCUGUGAACAGCAAGGAGAAACCCUGGUUGCUUUUUAUCACCUCAGUGAGGUAAGGUCUCCCUUGGCAUGUGGUUGGUUCUAGCGCCAUCAUCCCUAAUCCGUCUUUCCACACUUCCUUGCAUUUCUCCCACACAUAGUCAUCUUCAAAAAGAAAGACUUGGAAUUUUAGAAAAGGGGCAGCUCUUCUUUAAAGCAUUCUCAUCAGAAACAAGAUUAAAAUGGACUGGGAAAACUGGCCUUUUGUGUGCAUUUGUGGAAUAGGUAAAGUGAGCAUUGCAGGUACCUGCAGCCUGUCCCUGUACUGGAGGUGCACGGAACCUGCAAUACAGUGGAACCUGAGUGGCAGACAGGAAAUACAAGUUUCAAGAUGUUUCCACCAAGCAGAAGGAGUAUCUGCGCCAGUUAUGCUUGAAAUUUUUAUAUGACUAAUUUUGUCAUCCUGUCCUUCGCCCCCAAACAAAGAUUAGAGGAUUAUUUUAAUACUUUGGAUUCUUCCCUCUUUUUGAAAAAUAAAGUUCUUAUGAAAAGCC